CACACACACACACACACACACACAGCGGCGAACACACACAGCGGCUACGCAACCCUGUCUCUCGCGUACAGGCACUCACACACUCUCACACACACUUUCGCAACUAGUGAAAUCAGCUCAUGAACAGACGUGGCAGGAAUCCGCUCCCACAAUGGACAAUAAGUCAGAUGUGAAAGCCAUCAUGGCUCGCUUCCAGGCUGGAGGUACCUCUAUUGAACCGGGUGCCGGCGGCCGUCCCAAAGCUGCAGUCCACCCCACCUUAUCGGGCCCUGCGGUGCCGUCCAAAAAGCCUUUCCUGGAGUCCAGCCUCUCGGGCAGCGCUGCUGCCGCCGCCACUGCUAACUCCACCACCCCUAAACCCUGCUACCUAAAGAAUACCAGCUCCACCAAGAGCGCUCCAGAGUCACGGGAGUCCCCUAGACCCAAAGCGUUCGUAAGCAGAUUCGAAAACUCAACCACAAACUCAAACGAGGACAGCAAACCUCCCUUCAUUAAAAACGUGAAACCCAAGCCGCCGGAUUCAUCGCAGGACUCCGAACUAAAGCCCCUGUUCCCUAAACCCGUGCUGCAGAAACCAUCCGCCAACAGCGCUACGCUAGAAUCCAAGAACACGUUUCCCAAACCGCCACCCGUCACAAACAAGCCGCCCUGGGCGCCCAAAACUGAGAACAAUGGCAGCAGCCCCGCCGCGACUCCACCAAAAAUGCCGCCGGCUCCCAAACCGACGAGUUCCAUCGCCAGAAUGCGGCAGCAGCCAGAGUCCGAGAGCAAAGACGGGGAACCCGUCAUAAAACCAUUCACCGGCUCCGGCGUGAAGCCCUCAAGCUUCCGCGCCGCCCAUAGCGUCUUCAAAAAAGUGGAAGAAGCCGCUAAAGAAGACUCCAAACCCCUAAGUUCAAAAGAAUCAUCGGCAUCGACUCCCGCAACCCCACCAAAACCCAACUACGGGAGAAAACCCUCUGCAUCCAGCAUGCAGUCAGCCAACGACGAUCCUUCAGCUCCCAAAAGGAAGCCUCUACCCAACAUCCUGGCCAUCGGCAGCGCCCCCAGCAAACCCAACAGACCACCCAGAGUCAAUCUGGACAAGUUCAAGAAAUCAGCAGAAUCUCCGAGUGAGGGACCAGAAAUAAAGAAAGGAGGACCUCCUCCACCUCCAGCAGCUCACCCCAGCCACACAGCAUCAGACCUGCGCCCGAGCUUACCUCCUCGACCACCAGGAGCCAUCAUCCCACCAGAUCAGGAUGAGAAUUAUGAUGAUGUUGGAGAGCUGAAGGACUCCCUUGGGGGCAGUUUCAGCAAACAGGCGGAGGGAAGUGGAAGUGAUGAGGAGAUGUAUGAGGAUCUUGAUGAGAGAUGGUCUAAAGUGGAGGCAAAGGAACAAGAUAAAAAGCGAGAGAAGGAGGAGAAAAAACGAGCAGAGCAAGAAAAGAAAGAUCAGAAGGAGCGAGAGAGAAAAGACCAAGAGGCCAGAAAGAAAUUCAAACUAUCUGGACCCCUCCAGGUCAUCCAUAAAGUAAAAGCGAGAGUAGACAGUAAAGGAGGUAAGAAUGACCUCAGCAUUAAACAGGGCGAGCCUAUCGAGAUCCUGCGGAUUACAGACAACCCUGAGGGCCGGUGGCUGGCCAGGACACGAGACGGGUCUUUUGGCUACGUAAAGACUGAUCAAGUUGAGAUCGACUUUGAUAAGCUGAAGAAUCAAGGCCUGUCCCUCCCAUCUCAAAUGGACCAUGAUGAUGGAGAGGUGUACGAUGAUGUAGCUCCUCAAGAAGAGCUCAACAGAAGUCACGGUGGUUCAGGAUUGGUGCUACCUCCACCCCCAGAAGGAGACGAUGUGUAUGAUGAUCUGGACGACCCCAGUUUAAUGGUCAGCAACCCAGAGUCCAGGUUUCUGCAGAAACCUCGCAGCUUCUUUCGGAUGCUAAAAGUCCCUAUUGACCGGAGAAAAAGCCCAGUCUUCAAUAACGAGGUACCACCUCCCUCACAGUUUAAUCAGGAUGGAAACACAGAUCAGUCGACUGAGGAAAUCUACGAUGAUGUAGAUCAGUUUCCUCCACCUCCUCCUCUCAGCAGUCUCCCUAAACUAAGGCCGAAAGCUGAAAUUAAGACAGACGACCCGAAGAAGCAGAAGAAGUUUGAAAAAGAGGAGAAAGAAUUCAGAAAGAAGUUUAAGUUUGAGGGGGAGAUCCAGGUGAUGUACCAGGUGACGGCUGCGUGCAAUAAGAAAGCGAGUGGGCGGGACUUAGCCGUGCAGGUAGGAGAGAUCCUGGACGUCAUCAGCAAUUCAGAAUCCGACAAACUCAUCUGCAGGAAUAAGGAGGGCAAGUUUGGAUAUGUCUCAACCAGCAACAUCCAAUCAGAAGAUAAUGACAUCUACGAUGACAUUGGUGAUGAUUGCAUCUACGACAACGAUUAAAGAUGUCUGAGAGAAGAGCCGCCUCCUCAUGCAGCUACAGUCCUAUGGGCUUGUUUUAUUGUGUUGUAUGGCCGUUCACGUUGGGCUUAUUUAUUGCAUGUAUGCUUGAGUGUGUUGAAAGUGGCAGGAUGCCAUCAGUGUGUGAUUAAAUGUUUAAAUGUUUAAAAGGGUGGAAACUUUUCUGCACUCUUACUGUUACAAAGAGACAAAAGUAUUUAUAGAUCUAAAAAGAAAUUACCCCUAGAAAGAGAUAACCAGGCUAUUCCCUCCCUAAAGCAAAAAGCAUAAUCCAUAUAUUUUCUUCAUCAUGUUCGUCUGGGAGGCAGUAUUGUGUUCGUUGGCCUUUGAUAUUUUGCAGGCUGCACUGUUGCACUGUGCUAUUACUUUUUAAUAAAGAAUAUGCAGGA